CAGUGUGUGGAAAAAUUGCCGGUUCACUACUAAUAACCCUAAUCAACACAAUCGCCGUUUCAUCUUCUCGCCGAAAGUGCUACUCUCUUCCAUCACCAGAUUCACACAGAGAUGGCGGUGCCGUUGUUGACGAAGAAGAUCGUGAAGAAGCGGGUCAAGAAGUUCAAACGCCCCCAGAGCGACCGCAAGAUCUCCGUCAAGGACAUACUGUGCUGAGAUUGCACACAAUGUGUCCACAAGGAAGAGGAAAGAGAUUGUGGAGAGAGCCGCCCAACUUGAUGUUGUUGUGACCAACAAGCUUGCCAGGUUGCGUAGCCAGGAAGAUGAAUGAGAUUGAAAUUCAUAAUGUCUGUUGGAUUAUGUUUUGUAGUGAGCUUUUAUUAGCAUGUGCACAUUUAUGGCGUUUAUUAUAUUUUUCCUAAGAAUUGUAUCCACUUCAUAGACCUCAGCUGUGGGGUGAUGCUUUUAGUUUAAAUCAUUUUAAGCUCUCUAACAGUUGUUUUUGCCUAGUCCAUUGACAAGAAUUUUUGGUGAUCCGUUCUAUUUUGAUGCUUUGUUUUGUGUU